AGUACGUGCUGCCAAGGCCCAAAACACUCAGUCAAAACUUAAAAGUCCUCCGCGCUACAUACUCAACCCGCCGCAAUGCCAUGGUGAGGAGGAAGGUUGCAAUGCUCAUUUAUGUAAGUAGUACUUGCUCAUACUAUUGAAACCCGCCGGGCCUCCGAGUCCGGGAUUGAUCGAAGAUCAUUGAUUUCGUUGGAUCGUCGAGGUAGAAUGUUUGAUCGUCGUCGACGCUUUUGAGAGCCUGGGAAAAUGAGGCGAUGCAAAAGACACUCAGUCUCAGUGGUGGUAUUCAGGACCGUCCCUCUACAGUAACCAAUAUGUCGACCAGGCUACCCAAACUAGUCGCUUUCGAUCUAGACUAUACGCUUUGGGAUUUCUGGAUUGAUACUCACGUACAUCCCCCAUUGAGGCGACACCACGUCACUGGCAAAGUCACCGAUAGCCAGCGCAAUCCCAAGGCAAUCGACUUCUACAGGGAUGUGCCACAGAUCAUGCAUCGCCUACAAGCAGCAGGCGUGACGAUCGCUGCAUGCUCGCGGACAGAUGCGCCGUCAUUAGCUCGUGAAGCCUUGGAUCUCAUACUUAUACCUCCGAGGACUGGUAGCGACAGCAGCGCGAAACCAGUCCCCGCAAUUAAGUUUUUUGACCAGCUGGAGAUUUACCCUUCUUCGAAGAUUAGACAUUUCAAGAAACUUCACGAGAAGACUGGGAUACCCUAUGACGAGAUGCUGUUCUUCGACGACGAAUGGAGGAAUCAGGAAGUAGAAGAACUUGGCGUGACGUUCACGCUUGUCCCAAACGGUCUCAAUGACCGAAUUCUAGAGAAGGGGCUAGAGGAAUGGAGAGACAGGCACCCUGUUCAAAUCAUCGAGGACGUGGUAGGAGCAGAUAGCACUCUUAUCUGAUAGUGUUUCAUCAGGACAGCGUGAUCGCUGAUAUUUCAAUUGAAUUCAUGAUCUAUAUGAAAAGUAGCUACACUGCCUAUCUGAGUUGAUCGUAUCGAUGAGUGCGAUGGAGGAUCCAGAUUCUGUGAAGGGGGUUUCCCCGGCGAUGGACUUAUAACUUGAUACCUAUUCCCCGUAUGACAAGCCUAGAAUGUACACAAUGAAUACUCACACCGAGGUCCUGUGUUCGUGCUAGGGACAUGUCAUAGUGAUUU